AUGUUAAGAUCAAAAUAUAAGAAGAACUUAUAUGCUUUACUUGAUGAAAAAGAAUUCAAUGUCACUGCAUUCAAUAAACUUCAUCACAGCGUUGAACUUACUCCUGUUAAAUUACCUAAAGUUUUUAGAAUUCUUGAAGAAUAUGUUACUAAAAAUUUUACGAAUGAAGUUAACGUUGUCAAAGCAACAAGAACAAUGGGAGAAUUGUCAAAUAAUUGUCGUGAACAUUUAGCAUUAAUGGAUGAAAGAAUUGUUCGAGUUAUUAGACAAUGCCUUGGAUCAUCUAAUUUAAAAAUUAAACAAGCAGGAAUGCAAUUAUUAGGAUAUUAUGUAAAAGCCUGUAAUGAAACAUCGAUUCGUGCAAAUUUUGAUGAAAUUAAAAACCUUCCAUUAGAUUUAACAAAAAGUGCAGUUAAUAAUACAAAUAGUUCUGAACAAGCACUAAGAGCAUUAAAAGAUUGUGUAUUAAUAUUCCAAAUGGUAUCAGAAAUUGAUCAAAUUUUAGGGUCAAAAACAGUAUUACGAGUAAUUUUUGAUUGUCUAAAUAAAAAUGAAACGAACGAAGUAGCAAAAGACAUUGUA